GAUCGAUUCAGGGUACUAAUCUACACCACAUGUGCAGGCAUAUGCAGCCACUGUGAGUCCGGCACUACACCCCAUCAGUCAGUCCAUCACACACACAACACAACACACACCGCCACACCGAUAGACAUGGCCAUGUCUUUCACACGCACGGCGGCAAUGAAAGCGCCGCGCCCGCCGCAAGGCACCUCUCUCUCGCACAUUUGCCCCCUUCUGCCAGGGUCUGUGUACGGAGCCCCUGCACCGAGCGAUCACCGUCCAGUGCUGAGGCUUCGUACAGAGAGGCACGUGGAAUGCCACAAAUGAGACACGUAUGUAUGGGGGAUGGAUGGCUGGAUGGCUGGCAGGUAUAUAGUGUCGGCCAUUCUCUCUCUCGUCUGUGUCCUUCGGGUGUCCUCCGCCCCCCACCCACACACGAAGUCUGCGGGACGGAACGAACCGACACACAAGACGGCGUGUGCUGGCGGGGGAGGACACACCCACCAGACACAGGCAAACAGACAAACGAACUGCUCUGCUCCUGUAGCUACCAUACCAUGGAGCACUCAUGUGACACUACACUGACUGGCGACUUUGAUGAGUGUCGCACCCGCCCUCCCUGGCACAAGCGUCAAAAUAUCAGAAUGUCCGUGUGUAUGUGGUCAUAUGUGCGAUGGGAGGAAGGGACAGAUGAGAGGGUGGGGGGCGCGGGCGCUCAUGCACACCACACACGCAUCACUGCGGGCAGGCAGGCAGCGAGGCGAGCAAAGGCGAGAGGGAGAGGCAGAGAGGCAGAGACAGAGGGGGAGAGAGCGACACACACACACACGCACAGAAAACUGCCGCAGUGCCCUUAGCCAACCAUCAAACACAGCCAAGGCAAGGCAGCCUGGCAGACGGACGCCCUCCCACACCGACCGAACCAAAAAUGCCACCCACCGAGGUCAGGUCAGCCGGCUAUAUCGUCAUGUCAUGAGAGGCGUGGCCUUCGUGAGGUGGAAGCGGCUCGCGCAUGGCCGUGGAUGGAAGGGUGCGGCAUCAUGGGACCCUCCGCCAUGCUCUUGCGAAAAGACAACCCCGACAGCCGACCGAUGGCAGCCAACUUGAGCAACAUCUGAACGUUUGUCAAGCAAAACAACACAACAGAGAACACACAGAGGGAUCCUCCCACGCAUGCCAUAUGUGUGUGCGUCCUUUGUGUCACGUCACCCGCCCCGCCCCACGCACCAACCUCUCCGAGUGAGCUAUGCGGCACCGCGUCCCUCACGUCCGUCUUGUAUGGUGUGGACGACGUCUCGCCCUUCGCCUCCGCCCCGGUGUCGCCUCCCGAUGCUGCUGAUGCUGCUGCUGCUGUUGCUGUCGAUGCAGUCCUAAAGCCACCCCCAAACGGCGGCAUACCGAAGAAGCCGCCCGGGUUGAAACCGCCCAUGGCGCCCUGGCCGCCCUUGUUGCCGUCACUGCUGCCUCCUCCCUGACCCCCCAUCUGGCUGACGGAGGGACCGAGGUCCUCCUCGGCCACCUGCUGCUCCUGCUUGCCGUCAGGCCGGUGGAACGUGGUCGUCGUCCGCUUCACGAGACGGCCGUUCUUCUCGAAGAUCUGCUGCAUCGUCACUGCACGCGGCGUGUUGGGACCGAAGUUGUUCAUGAAGCCCGAGCCGUUCAUCGGCGGCUGAUAUGACGCCCCACUGCCACUGCCUCCGCUGCCACCACCACCAGGGGCGCCACCGCCUCUCGUCUGCGCGGCGUGCUGCAUACUCGCCAUGCGCAUGAGGUUCUCGAGGUCCUUCUCGCUCAGAGUGGCGAAGUUGCUCGACUUCAGGACCUGCUCCAGACCCAUGCCGCCAAACAUGCUCCGGAAGAGAUCCUCAGGAUUGACGUCGUGAUGGUGGACACCCCCCGGCCGCCCGCCAGCAAAACCGCCGGGAAAACCGCCGAAGGGCGAGCCGUAGCCGCCUGAUGACGGCCCACCGGAGUAGCCGUAGCCAUUGGUGGCGUCGUAGUUGGCGCGUGACGCCUUGUCCGAGAGCGUCGAGUAGGCGUCGGAGAUCUCCCUGAAGUUCUUCUCGGCCUCGGCGCGGUUGUCGGGGUUCCGGUCGGGAUGCCACUUGAGUGCCAGCUUCCGGUAGGCCUUCUUGAUGUCGUUCUCGGACGCACUGCGGGGCACCCCGAGGACGUCGUAGAAGUCGCGCCGGGAGGUGGCGAACACGCGGUGUGAGCAGGGAGGCGCCACGAGGGGGACGGCCGUCUUGAGGCCGUUGAGCAUGGUGGUCUUGGAAGCAAGCAUCGUGAGCAUCUGCUCUCCCUCACCCGAAGGGAAGGGCAGACGGGGAACCAAACGAGGCUACUCGGACCUCAACAAAAUCAGCACAGCAGAAGCUGCUGGUGCAACAACCGACGCCCGCGCCGCUCUCACUCUGCC